AUGGCAAGCAUUAUUGGGCGCGUGGAAGAGGCUUGUUCAGCAAAGGGUUCCAACAUAGUUGUAGUACCCAAAGGAACAUAUUCCAUAGGUUUAACUGACUUAAAUGGUCCAUGCAAGGGAGCCAUGGAGCUUCAAGUCCAAGGAACCUUAUUGGCACCGAUAAACCCUAGCAGUUAUGCCAAGGACAGCUGGAUUACUUUUGCAUACAUUGAUCAAUUCAAAUUAUCCGGUGGUGGAACCUUCGACGGACAAGGGCAAGUGGCUUGGAAGCAAAAUAACUGCGGUCGAAAUCCAAAAUGCAAGAGACUUCCAGUUGUGGCAAAAACCUUACUUUCGAUCGCUUCACGAUCACUGCACCAGGAGAUAGCGUCAAUACAGAUGGAAUUCACAUCGGGCAUUCAAACGGGAUCAACAUUAUUAAUUCAAAUAUUGCCACCGGCGAUGACUGCAUCUCCAUUGGUGGUGCCAGCGAACAAAAUAAGGAUCACAAACGUACGAUGUGGACAUGGACAUGGCAUUAGCGUGGGAAGUUUAGGGAAGACCACUGAUGAAUUUGUCUCCGGAAUUUUCGUAAGGAACUGCACCUUCUAUGACACCGACAAUGGAGUGAGAAUUAAGACAUGGCCGGCAUUACAUGGUGGCAUGGCCUCUGAUAUGCAUUUCGAGGAUAUUAUGAUGAAAAAUGUCCGCAACCCUAUCAUUAUAGAUCAAAUGUACUGCCCAUGGAAUCAGUGCAAUCCAAAGCUUCCGUCAAAAGUUAAGAUCUCCAACGUCACCUUCAAGAAUAUUAGGGGCUCUUCAGCGACCGCAGUAGCUGUUCGACUUAAUUGCAGCAGCAGUUUUCCAUGCCAGAAGGUCGAGCUCGCUGACAUUAACUUGACGUACGGAGGAAAGGAAGGCCCUGUUACUGCGUGGGUAGACGGCCAAGAUACUCGCAUGUUGCUCUUUGUCUUUUUUGUUUUUCCAUUUUCUAUUCAAUCUGCUCGCUCACUCGUCGGGUUUCGCCUCGUCGUGCGAGUUCAAUCUGCCGUAUUUGAUGUGAAAAAUUAUGGUGGUAAAGCCGAUGGCAAGUCAGAUAUUAGCAAGUUUCCUUUUCAGGCAUUAUUGGGCGCGUGGAAAGAGGCUUGUUCAGCAAAGGGUUCCAACAUAGUUGUAGUACCCAAAGGAACAUAUUCCAUAGGUUUAACUGACUUAAAUGGUCCAUGCAAGGGAGCCAUGGAGCUUCAAGUCCAAGGAACCUUAUUGGCACCGAUAAACCCUAGCAGUUAUGCCAAGGACAGCUGGAUUACUUUUGCAUACAUUGAUCAAUUCAAAUUAUCCGGUGGUGGAACCUUCGACGGACAAGGGCAAGUGGCUUGGAAGCAAAAUAACUGCGGUCGAAAUCCAAAAUGCAAGAGACUUCCAGUUAGCUUGCGGUUUGACUUCAUCACCAACAGCGUAGUUCAGGACGUAACAUCGCUCGAUAGUAAGAAUUUCCAUGUCAAUCUUCUAGGUGGCAAAAACCUUACUUUCGAUCGCUUCACGAUCACUGCACCAGGAGAUAGCGUCAAUACAGAUGGAAUUCACAUCGGGCAUUCAAACGGGAUCAACAUUAUUAAUUCAAAUAUUGCCACCGGCGAUGACUGCAUCUCCAUUGGUGGUGCCAGCGAACAAAUAAGGAUCACAAACGUACGAUGUGGACAUGGACAUGGCAUUAGCGUGGGAAGUUUAGGGAAGACCACUGAUGAAUUUGUCUCCGGAAUUUUCGUAAGGAACUGCACCUUCUAUGACACCGACAAUGGAGUGAGAAUUAAGACAUGGCCGGCAUUACAUGGUGGCAUGGCCUCUGAUAUGCAUUUCGAGGAUAUUAUGAUGAAAAAUGUCCGCAACCCUAUCAUUAUAGAUCAAAUGUACUGCCCAUGGAAUCAGUGCAAUCCAAAGGUAACGCGAAAAGAAAUGAAAAUGAAAGAGUCUCUUAAUGCAUUAUGUUUGUUUCAGCUUCCGUCAAAAGUUAAGAUCUCCAACGUCACCUUCAAGAAUAUUAGGGGCUCUUCAGCGACCGCAGUAGCUGUUCGACUUAAUUGCAGCAGCAGUUUUCCAUGCCAGAAGGUCGAGCUCGCUGACAUUAACUUGACGUACGGAGGAAAGGAAGGCCCUGUAAAAUCCUUGUGUGCAAAUGUUAAACCCACACUUAAGGGAAAAUUGACUCCAACCAUUUGCUAGUAUUGUCAACGCUCAAACCUCGCAG